GAUUUUUGAACAAUUUCCUUUAUUGUAUUACUGAAAAAGACUGCAAUUGUGAAAGCGGGCAGUUAUUUGCUCUCUCUGUCUCUCACCUGAAUCUCUCUCUCUCUCCUCUGCCCCCUUCCGAUGACACCCAAACCUCGCAACCCCAAAACGGACCCAAAAUGCUGAGAAGCAUUCGGUCGCGACGGCCCCACCGAACCCGUUACGGUGUUUACAUCUGCGCCGUUAUCUCCGCCCUCCUCCUCCUCCUCUCCGUCUCUCUCCUCUACACUCGCCUCUCCCACUCCGAAUCUCACCACUUUCACUACCGCCACCAGAACCCCAAUGCUCAAUACGGCGACGUUUCUCUCACCAACCCCCUCAUCUCUGACGAGCUGAACGACGGCGUUUCCAUCGCCACUGAGGACAAGAUCGACGAGCUCGAUGACGUCGUAGAAGAGACACCUAAAGACGAGGAAGUGGAGGACGAGGAGGAUCCGCAAUCCGACAUUUCUCAGUCGAAGGUUUCUGGGUAUGUAUUUGAUCAUGUAACUGGGGUUAUUAGGAGGGGUUUCAAUAAGCGUAAAAUUGAGGAUUGGGACGAGGAUUACAAUGGGUUUACUGCGGGACUGGGUGCACUGGAUAAGAGUAAGGUCGCGUUUGGAUCUGAUGAUGUGCCUGUGGAUAUGGAGGUGCGGAGGAGGAUGAGUGAGGUUGUGGGCAUUGAGGACGCGCUUUUGUUGAAGGUGGGAAGGAAGGUUUCGCCGUUGAGAGAAGGCUGGGGAGAGUGGUUUGAUAAAAAAGGCGACUUUUUGAGGAGGGAUAGGAUGUUUAAGUCCAAUCUGGAGAUGCUGAACCCUUUGCACAAUCCAAUGCUGCAAGACCCUGAUGCGGUUGGCGUUACUGGGUUGACUAGGGGUGAUAAGGUGUUGCAGAAAUGGUGGUUGAAUCACUUUAAGAAGGUCCCAUUUACCGGGAAGAAGCAGUUGGGAGUUUCAGGGAGGGCCCGAGAAGUGAAGCUUUAUGAAAAUGGCGGUGAGGGUGGGAAAAAGGGGAGUAGUAGUGGAGAUGGUGUUGUGAAUGUAAGUGGAAUAGGUGAAGGAACAGAGCUUGAUGAAAAUGAGCUUGAUGAAAAUGAGAAUGAUAGGAAGGCCGGUAAGGAUUUGAAUUCUGGUGCAAAUGGAAAAUCUAAUACAGAUAGAAAUUUAUCCUAUAUGAGUAAUGCGACUGAUAAAGAGAUUGGGAACACUGUUGAACAAAUUAGUGAUUCUGAUCAAGUGGGUGGCUUCAAAGAUGAGUUUUCAGGUGUUAUAUAUGCAGAUGGCAAGAGAUGGGGUUACUAUCCCGGUUUGAGUCCCUUUUUAUCAUUCUCGGAUUUUGUAGAUACAUUUUUCAGGAAGAGGAAAUGUAAUAUGAGGGUAUUUAUGGUGUGGAAUUCUCCGCCUUGGAUGUAUAGUGUUCGACAGCAGCGGGGACUUGAGAGUUUACUCUCCCAUCAUCGAGAUGCCUGUGUUCUAGUGUUGUCUGAGACAAUUGAGCUUGAUUUCUUUAAAGAUAACUUUGUAAAGGACGGUUACAAAGUUGCUGUUGCAAUGCCAAACCUUGAUGAAUUACUAAAGGAUACUCCGACCCACGUAUUUGCUUCUGCCUGGUUUGAAUGGAGAAAGACAAAGUAUUAUGCUACUCAUUACAGUGAGCUUGUCCGCCUUGCUGCUCUCUACAAAUAUGGCGGAAUAUACCUUGAUUCUGAUAUCAUAGUCCUGAAGCCAUUAUCUUCACUUCGCAAUUCUGUUGGUAAAGAGGAUCAACUUGCUGCAAGUUCUUUGAAUGGUGCUGUUAUGGCAUUUGAGAGGAACAGUCCCUUCAUAAUGGAGUGCUUGAAAGAGUUUUAUAUGACAUAUGAUGAUACUCGUUUGAGAUGGAAUGGGGCUGAUCUGUUGUCAAGAGUUGCACGAAGGUUUUUGGGUGUUCGUAAUAAAUCAGUUAGACAGCUGCAGUUGAAAGUGCAACCUUCUUUCAUAUUUUUCCCAAUUACUCCUCAGAAUAUCUCAAGAUAUUUCACUGCACCGACAACAGAGACUGAAAAAGCUGAACAAGAUGCUCUGUUCAGAAAGAUUCUAAAUGAAUCGUUGACAUUCCAUUUUUGGAACAGCUUGACAUCUUCUCUCAUUCCAGAGCUAGAGAGCCUUGCUACCAGGCUUAUUGACCAUCCUUGUAUCCGAUGCACUGAUGUUUUAUGAAUUCACUUGAUUCCUCUAUUUGGUCAAUACUGGAGGUCUAGAUAACAUCCAAGCUAUUACACUUCUGGCUGAUGAUUAACAGAUUGGUGUUGACCUGCGUUGGUGAUCUGACAGUGGUUUGGGGACAUGAAAGCGCAAGCCUGUUGUUGUGGUGAUUGUGUAUCUUCUUUGUAUGCUCAUGAUAAAAAAUAAAAAAAAGAAGGGGUUUUUUCCUUUAAAUUAAAAAGAAAAAAGAGUUGGAGUUGCUUAGGUGGCUUUUUGUUGUUAAAUCAUUAGUCUAUGCCAUUCUUCUUCAUAGUGUAGAGUAUCUCUGAUCAAAGGUUUAAAAUGCUAUAUUUGUUUAAGAUAGUGGUUCGGCAAAUCAUUCACCUGUAUUAAAAGAGACAAUUUGUUACUUGUCCACAUGGAAAUAUA